AUGCUGGUUGAAAGAGCAAACAACCCGUCCUACGGGUGGCGAAGUAUCAUCGCUUCUAAAGAGGUUCUCCAGAAAGGGCUAAGGAAAAAGAUAGGCAAUGGCCAUGAAACAAAGGAGAACACCUGGAACCUGGACGUUUUAAAGGAGUUUAUAGCGGAGGAAGAUAUACCAUGGGUAACAUCACUUCAUCUGAGCCGUACCGGUUGUCAAGACAGCUACUGUUGGGACUUCUCAAAGUCGGAUUUUCUACUCUUCCGUGCCAAGGCCAAUGGAAUGAACUCAGAGGUGCUGGCUGCAUUCCCUUGGAUAGCUUGGUACAUAUGGAAAGCGCGAAACGAGAAAGUGUUUAAAGACAAGGAUAUAUCGCCAAUGGAUACUCUUCAACUAGCUGUUAAGGAAUCUGAGAGCUGGAGAUUAGCGCAGCGAAUUGAUACAGAGCAGGAUAGGGAUGUUAUGGAACAGCAAAGAACAGAGAACAGAGUACUGCAGGAGCCGUAUGCGGGACGCUGGAGGUGCCAGACGGACGCGUCAUGGAUCAAUGCAAAUGACAGAACCGGGCUGGGGUUUGUACUGCUCGAUGGUGGUAACCCAGUUUUGUUUGGAGCACAGGGAACAAGAAGCGCAGCUACAUCUCUACAUGCGGAAUUAGUUGGGUUAUAUGUUGUUACUACUACAUAUACACUCUUGUUCAGCAGGAAAGGAAGUGAGAGCUAG